AACAGAGCUGAGGGAAAGUGAAAAUAAUUGGUUAGAGAACCCAAUACCCUCAUCCAUGGCUAUUAACCACUCCUCCUUCCUUUUCCUUCUUCUUUCUAUUUUUCUUCAUUUCUUUCUCUUUGGUUGUUCAGAGAAGAUUGAAGCCUAUAAAUUCGGAGAAUUGACAGCGAAUCUUCAACACCAGAGUCAUGUUGUUUCACUCAAAUCCUUGAUGCCAUCAGGAGUUUGUUCUACUCAAACCCAAGGUUCCAAAACCUCAAGCGGGCUACUGCAAGUAGCUCACAAAAAUGGGCCUUGCUCAUCAUUGAAGAAAGGGAAUACAAAAGUUCCUAACUUUCGCCAGAUUCUCAUUGAUGACCAAACCAGAGUCAAAUCCAUCCAUUCCAAAAUCUCCAACCAUAAAGACCCAUUAGCAGAUUCUGCUGUAAAAAUUCCUGCUACCUCUGGACAAUCCCUUGGGACUGGAAACUAUGUUGUCAACAUUGGAAUUGGAUCACCAAAGCAACAAAAUACAGUAGUAUUUGAUACUGGUAGUGAUCUAACUUGGAUCCAAUGUCAACCAUGUGUUGUCCAAUGCUAUUCACAACAAGAUCCCAUCUUCAAUCCUUCUUCAUCCACCACCUAUUCCAACAUCUCAUGUAACUCAGUUGCUUGUUCCCAACUCCAAUCAGCCACAGGUAACACACAAUCCUGUAGAAACACAUGUAUAUACCUGAUCCAAUACGGUGAUGGAUCCUACUCUCAAGGGUACUUUGGAACUGAUACAUUAACACUCUCUUCUUCUGAUGUCUUCCCCAAAUUCCAAUUUGGGUGUGGUGAGAACAAUCAAGGUCUAUUUGGUUCUGCAGAUGGAUUACUAGGCCUCGGUCGCGAUCAGGUUUCGGUUGUAUCACAGACUUCUCGAAAGUAUGGAAAGCUAUUCUCAUAUUGUCUUCCAGCAUCAACUAGUUCUACUGGUUUUCUUGCUUUUGGUAGUCAAGUUGGUACCUCUUCUACUCAGUACACUUCACUAAUGACAGAUUCAAAUAACCCAUCAUUCUAUUUCCUAACUAUAACUGGUAUAAGUGUUGGAGGGAAGAAUUUAGGUAUUCCACAAUCAGUUUUUACAACUUCAGGAACAAUUAUAGAUUCUGGAACUGUUAUUACUCGGUUGGCACCAGCAGCGUAUUCAGCAUUAAGUUCAGCAUUUCGUCGGGCAAUGACGAAGUAUCGUACGGCGCCGGCGUAUUCAAUACUGGAUACAUGCUAUAAUUUGAAUGGAUACAGUACUGUAACAAUACCAACUAUAGCGAUACAUUUUACUGGAGGUACAGAUUUGAAUGUUGAUCAGUCUGGGAUUCUAGUUCAAGCAAGUUCAACUCAAUACUGUUUGGCUUUUGCUGGAAAUAAUGCUUCUACAGAUGUGGAGAUCCUUGGAAAUAUGCAACAGCAGACAUUUGAGGUGGUUUAUAAUGUGGCUAGUGGAAAGGUGGGAUUUGGUGCUGGAGCUUGUAGUUAAUUAAGGGAUGUAGUUCUUAUGUUGUAACUUCUUUUUCAGUAUAUUUGUUGAACUGUGGUUGUGGGUUAAACCCUUUCCCACAUAUAUGUUU